AUGCCAGAUUCAGAAACAUAUUGCGUCUUCCAAGACAGAAAGUAUCAUGUUGGAGAAAAAUGGCAUCCUUACCUAGAGCCCUAUGGCCUUGUAUAUUGUGUAAACUGUCUGUGCCGAGAGAGUGGAAAUGUUCUUUGCAGUAGAGCGAGAUGCCCAAGUCUACAAUGCACCAACCCAGUUUAUAUACCACAAUUGUGCUGUACACGAUGCCCAGGAGAUGGAAUUUUACCCUGGGAGCAUCACGAACCAGCCACCUACAGACAGCCUGCUAACAGAGAAGCGAGACACUCCUAUCACCGUGCCCAUGACCAUUCACCUGGCCACAGCAGGCAAACAGACAACUCACAUCAAAAAAUCUCCAACACAAGAAGUAAUCGUGGAGUCCUCUCAGAUCCUCAACAGGCCUCGGGAACUAUCGUGCAGAUUAUCAUCAACAACAACCACAAGCACGGGAAAGUAUGUGUGUCAAAUGGGAAGACAUACUCCCAUGGAGAAUCUUGGCAUCCCACCUUACGAGCCUUUGGAGUGGUGGAAUGUGUGCUCUGUACCUGCAAUUUCACAAAACAAGAAUGCAAGAAAAUAAGCUGCCCAGAGCAAUAUACAUGUAAAUAUCCACAGAAGAUAGAUGGUAAAUGCUGCAAAGUUUGCCCAGAGGAAAUUUUUGACCCUCAUUCUGGGGACAGAGAUUCCUUGUGUAGUGAAGAAACCAUCCCAGUAUAUGAAGCUGUAUUACUGGAGGAAGGAGAAACUGUCAGGAAAAUUGCUGUAGUGACAGAUGACCCCCCCAUAUCAGACAUCCAUGUGUGGAUCAUUCAGAAAGGUAUUCUGCGCCAGUUUUACACAGAAAAAAUGCCCACAGAAGAAUUUAAAGAGCAGCAGGAAUUCAAACAAAUAACAAGGACAACACCAAGUCAGUGGAAAAUCUUCAGUGAAGGGGAAGCACAAAUAAGCCACAUGUGUGAAACACGAGUUUGUGGGACAGAACUGGAAGACUUGGUGAAGGUUCUGUAUAUAGACAAGAGUGAAAAGAGACAUUGUUAAAAGCAGAACUCAGAAGGGGAUUAAAAUCCAGCAGCUGCCUAAAGACAGUGAAUUUGUAGCUGGACUGCAGGCUGAUUCUGUUGCAGAACCCAGAAUGUCGGGACUGUUACACAUGAUGUGUUGCAGAAAGUAAAUGGCAAAUCCGAGUGUAUAGAAGCAUUUAAGUGCAUCAUCUAUGCCUUAGAGGGCUGGCAUCCAAUCUGAAAAAAACACAUUUAUUUUUGUUCAAUGAAAUGUUUAUGUGGAUUAAUGCAAUACACAUAAAGCAGUAGGA